AUGCUGCGCCGUCUCCAGCGCUACAACGUGUGCAACGAUGUCUUCCACAUCUGCUUCUCCCGUGUAGUCAAUAUGUACGGAAAAGAGUACAGUCUGUACAGCGACGGUGGCAUGUUCCGACGUCGAGGCUUCAAUCAAGCUAUGAUUCUAUUUCUCGAGUGCGUAGAGGACGCAGGUCGUCGUGCCAUGAAAGAAGAGCCAUUGCUUAAGUUCCCGUACAAGGUGGAGCGCGGCAAAAUCGGUGGUCUGCCUAUUUCGCUUGGUAACGAUGAGCAGUGGACUCGAGCGCUCAAGUACAUGCUCACGCAUCUUAAAUGGCUCUUGGCUUGGAUUUCGAAGCGCUAUUGA